UUGAUACUGAAAGUAGAUCGAUUUAGAACAAUCCUAUAAAUAUAUAAAGAGGCUAAAGUAGAAUUAUCUAGACAAACCCAAGAUAGAAGAACAGUAAGAUUAUUUUAAUUGUAUAGAAGAUCACAAUUAGUUUCUUAAUGUUUUCUUGAGUUGAGGGGUCCCAAAUGGAGGAUGCAUAUUCUAUUAUUGGCCUAACCAAGAAAAUGGCAAGCGGCACAGAACAAAGUUUUCAAAGACGAAUCGCUGACUUCCCUUGUAUGUUUAAUAUGGGAUCAUCUGCUAACAGAGACGAAACUGAUUUAACAGCAAAAUUAGAGACAGUGCUUCAGGAAAGUGGGUUUGACCAAGACAUUCGCAGACUGAACUAUUUAACUUGGAUUCAGUUUAAUCUUGAGAAGCUUCGUGGUCAAGAACACAAAGAAUCUUUGCAAUGGAAUGAAAAAGCUAUGAAAUUGUCAAGUGGAAAUGACCUGGUUUCCCUGGCCAACAGAAUUUAUCUUUCAAAGUACAUUGGAAAAGAGGACGAAUCAGAAAGAUGUCUUCAUGAACUUGAGAACAGGAGAAGCAUUCCGGACUUCCAGGAUCUUCUAGCCGAUGCAAAAGCACAACAAGCCUAUUGCUAUGCAAGAAUUGGCGAUCCAAAAAAUCAAGACUUGGAAAUAGACCUUUAUAUCCAAGCUUUACGUGUGAAGACAGACUUUCGCUGGAAUUACGGACUUGGUUUGGCUUGUAUGCGAUCUAUGCAUAUCCAUAUGAAAAAAUACAGAUUUAAGUUCAAUAGAAACGAGAGAGUUCAAUUAGGCGCGGCAGCACUGUUUGAAGCUAUCAGAGAUGCUCCAGAUAAUGAUCUCAGAGGUCAAGGCUACAUGAAUUUAGCUCUUUUGCAGAGUUAUUCACGUCGAUUUGCUGCAGAGGAUUUAACUGACAGAGACUGCAGAAUACUUUUCAACAAUCUGAGCGUGAAAGAGUUAAUUGAUACGGCCGUAGAGCUAGGCCCUAACGACUACAAAGUUCUUGCUGAUUGUGGCCGAGCGAUUGCAGAUGAUGACAAGGAGGAAGCCAAAAGGCUGUUUAUGAGGUCAAACGCGAUUCAAAGAAAUACAAAGGCGUGUUACCAAUUGGGAUUUCUAUCUUCCGACGUGAAUCAGAGAUUGGCGUUAUGGCUUGAUGCUUUAAAGUUAUCUCAUUACGGAGACAAGGCUAUUAUCGGAGGCAUUCAAAAAAUCCUGAAUGAGAGAGCUAGAGAUAAUCCUAUCAACAAGUGCUUCCAUCAACAUUUUCAUGAAGUCGGAACUGCUAAAAAAGAUGUACUGAUCUUAGUACAGGAUGAAAAUGACCAAGUAGACAAAGUGUAUCAAAUAUUGACAGCCUGUUUCGGACUUACAGCUACCAAAGUUGUCAUCCAGAAUUCACAGUCCUGGAAAACUGAAGUUAGUCAACAUCACGUAGUGAUUAUAAUACUUCCAAGGCUUUUAAAUAGCCAUUUCUCAGAAGAGAUUACAUUCCUUGUUGACAAGGCUUGUCCAGACGGCCGCCAUCAGACGAUGAAAGUUCUAAUUACAGACCAAUCAACGAGAGUUCCUGCAACUCUUCAACCAUUCAAACAAUUGAUAUUGGCUGACGUUUUGGAAAACUUAGGAAAUGGACAAAUCACGUACCAGACUUUUGGAGGAAAGAACUUGCAAUGCAUCAGUUUACUGAAGUUGUUUAUUUUUCUAAUUGAAGAGUAAAUAUUAAAUCCAUUAAAAUCUACAUUAUUUUGAACUCCACCAGCAAGUCAACAUUCUUUGAACUGUUUAUGAUCAGAUUUACAGAUUACUCUUGGACUUACAUCUAGAUCUAGAUAGAUCUUGAUACUCUUUAAAUCUAUAUAUAGAUCCAGAUCUACUUCCAAAGAUAGGAAAUAAAUUUUAAAAAAUAUAAAAAAAACAAAAACAACAUAAUUGUCAAAAAUAGAAUAUGCCUAUGAUUAAUGUCUAGAUAAGUUGUUAUGAAAAAAAAAACAAACAGACUAUUACAAAUCCCUUUUUAAAAAGCAAAGCUUUUCUAAGAGGAAGAACUCAAUAGUAUAUAAGUUAUUUCCCAUUUUCAGUCUGAAACAAAAUAAUUAAUUAUCAAUAAUAAUGGACUAAUUGUUUAAUUUUUUAAAUUGAUUUAUUGUUAGGUAGAAUAAAUAAUUGUUUAAAGUUUCAACUUGAUCAGAGAAUGGGUGUGGGAGAAAUAACGUGUGUAAUUAUGUAAAAGGGCAAAACCCAACAUAUUUAGUCAUAUCUGUGAAUACCUAAGGAUUAAUAUCCCUUGUUGGUUUCAAACUGGAUAAUUAAUUACCAGUAAUUAUUUGACUAAUUAGUUAAUUUUUUUUUAUUGAUUCAUGUAUUGUCUAUGCCAAUGAAUAAUUGUGCAAAGUUUCAACUUGAUCCAAGGAUGGGUGUGGGGGAAAUAAUGUGGGCAAACGUUUGGCCAGAAAGAGUGAGUUGAUAUAAGUUUGUAAGAAGAGAAACUAAAACCUAGAGUGAGUGAAAAUGCGCUUCUUUUGUUUUUAAUGCUCAUUGUUUAAACUAUGAUUUCAGAAAAAAAAAAUGUUGAAUAAAUUUUUAAAAAAGUAUUAAUCUAACUUAUGACUAUAAAUAAUACACUCAUUUUUACACAUUUUUGCUGCAAAUGUAAUCAUCAACAAAAAUAUAUUAUAACUGAAUCUCUUUUUGUAGUAUUUUCUUUUUUAUUUUGAAACUUAUUUGUAUUUAACUUGAUUUUUUUUAAAGACUUUACAUUAGUCUUGACAUCUAUGUUUUGUUUUAAGUGAGUUUCUGUCAUAUGUUAAUUUAAAUUAGUUACUGUGAUACUUUUGUAUAUAUAUAUAUUAUAUAUGCACACAUUGUAUAACAUUUUUAAAAACUUAUAUAAUAAUAGUUUUAAAAAACACUUAUCUUUUGUUAAUUUUUCUAAAAGAAUUCUUAGCAACCCUCAUCGCCAUACAUCAAUGUAUAUUUUGAAUACUGUAGUUUUGAUAGAAGCCAGAUCUACUUUGUUCUUAAAGUUAAAUGUCUUAUUAAGUAACUGUGUCAUAAUAUUUCAAAUGAAAGGAACUCAGAUAUUGAAUGGAAAAUGGCUUAAAAUAUUAUGAUCUUAUGAGACAUUAGUUUGUGCUUUUAAGAAUAUAGUAAGAAUGUCAUUAUUCAUUUGGACUACAAGAAUUGAACACAUAUGGUUGCCUAGUCAUGUGAAAAGCCUUUUAGAAUGAAUGUCAUACAAUGGUUACAAUUGUCCUGGGUUUGAAUCCUGCCCAUUACUGACAUCCCCCCUAUCCUGCAGUUGGUAUUGGGCUAUGGGCUAGGAUGAAAUAUUCUUCAAAUAGGAAGGAACAUUCAAAACAAAGCUCAUCAUGAAUUCCACAAAUCAAAUAAGGUGAAGCCACAAAAUGCAGGAGUGAAACUUAUGUUACUGUAGAUUUGAGUAGAACUUUCUAAAAGUAAACUUAUGGGUGUCAUGAUUAUGAAAUAAUACUGUAGAGAUUUCUAGGUUUUUAUUGGGGAUGUUGAUCUCAAAAUAAAUAAGUAAAAAUAAAUAAGAAUUCUUAGAAGAGGUACUUAGUUCUUUUAAUAUAUAUACACUUUAAUUACAUUGAAUCAUUGUACACUGAGAAGCUGUUGUGUUUAUUUAUAUUACACAUUGUGCUUAAACUAAUUAAAGUUUGAAUUCUUGAUUGA